GCAGUCACAGAACAGUGGAACACAACACCUGUGCAGCCCUCACCCCUCACCUGGAAGGGCCUAAGGAAUGAGGUAGUGGUCCUGGUGGCAGUGGUCAUCGCGUGAGGGGCUUGGGCUCAGCCACCCACUGUUGCCUGGGUUGAAGUAUGGCUUCCUGGGCACUGCGGAUGAAAUUUCCAGUAGAAAAGCUUCCUCUCUAUUUUGUUGUGGAGGAUGACGGUUAUUUUGUUAAUCUGACAUCUCCUUAUUUUGUCACCAUAGACGAAGUAAACAAUAGAACAAACUGGAUAAUUUCAGGUACCAAUGAAACGUUAAGUUUGAUGAAACUAAGGAUAUACUUGGAGAAGAAGAUCAAAAGCAAGUUGUAUAAUCCAGAUGGACUAACUAUAUCAAUAACUGGAUCGGAACUUUUCCAUUUCAGAGUAUCCACUAUUCCUGGAGUCUCCUAUUGCAAUUUAUUUGAUGAAUUUCAGAUUUAUGUUGAUGAUUCACCACUGGCUUUUCCAGGACAGUAUCUCAUCAGUACAGUUGUAGCUGUCUCAAUAGGAGGCAUUCUCUUUAUUGCUUUUCUUCUGCACAUGUAUGAAAUCCAGAUAACAAAUUUUUUUAAAAGGAAGAAACCCAGAAACAAAGUAGAAUCAAAAACGUCAGUUGCCAGUGAAGCAUCCUAUGAAAGCAACGAAUCAUAAUUGUCAAUUAUGCCACAAUGUUCUAGUAUGUGGCUAUUUUGGUUUAAUUUGGCCCACAAAAAUUGAAGGGUUUUGUUACAAUUUUUUUCUUGUUAGAUAACAAAAAGAAUAUUCUUUUAUUUCUAAAUAUGACAUUAUUCUAGCUGCUGUUGCCAUGAACUUUCUAGCUUUUGAGUGAGGAAGCCAGUUAUGUAUGCAUUUAUUUUUGCCAAAGUGUAGACUAAUGUUCAGAAAAUGUCAUUCAACUGUAUACAAUAACCUAAUUAAAAUGUCAUAGAAAAGAGUUAUUAAAUAUAUACCUAUUCUAUCUCUGUAUUUAUUAAGUACCAGUUAUUUCUUGAUUAAAAGUUCUGUAAGCCAAAUCUAGCAGUUAUUGCAAGCAUUGUCAUUUAUGUUAAUACAUUGCAAA